AUGGUGUUAAUAAAUAAUGUUAAAAAUUUUGUAAUGUAUUAUAAAAUUUUUAAUAAUGUAGAAAGAUAUGUAAAGUUAUUAAGUAAAAGAAAUGUUUAUGCUAAUAAUAUAAACUAUUUUGAUAAACAAAAAAUAUAUUGCAAUACUGAUACAGAUAAAAUAGUAUCCUCAUGUAUAGAAAAAGAGAAUAAAAUAAAGGAAGAAGAACUAAAAGAUGAAAUAGAAAAUAAUUAUUUGAUAGAAUUUAUUGAGAAAGAAAAAAAGAUAAUAUACGAUAAUUUUAAUGACUUAAAUGAAUUAUGUUUAAAAAAGUUUAAAAAAUUAAAAUGUGAUUUAAAUAUAUUAACUUCAUCAAAUAGAGAAUAUGUACCUUAUUAUUUCUACGAUUUCUUUUUAUCACAUUACAAUUCAAGUGGUAAUCAUUUAAGUAAAAAGGAUAUUUUAAUAAAAUUGAAUAACCUUAUAUUAGAAAAUGAAAAAUUAUGUUAUAAUAAAGGAAUCAACGAUAAAAAUCUUUAUUUCAUUGAAAGUAAUCUAUCUAUAAUUAAUACAAAUGAAGAAUAUAUAAAGGAAAUAGAUAACAAAAAAUUGGAAAAUAAUAAUGAUAAUAAUAAUUUAAUAGAUAAUAAUGAAGUAGAUAAAAAUUAUUUUUUAAACUCACAUAAUGUGAAUGAAAGAAUAUUAGAAGUUAGAGAUGAUUUAUUAAACAAGAAAACUUUCACAUAUUAUGAAUCUUUAUUACGUUAUAAGGAUAUAAGUAAAAUAAAUAUUGAUUCUUACAUUAAGUUGAGUAUUCAAAAAAAUUUUCAUAUAAAAUAUUUAACUACAGUUCAAUAUUGCUUAUUUCCGUUUUUUUUAAAAAAUUAUGAUUUACUUAUUAAUUCUGUUAAGGGUACAGGAAAAACAUUAGGUUAUUGCAUUCCCCUUUUACAUAAAAUAAUUAUACAAAUAAAUAAUUUAAAAAAAAAUUGUAAUAUAAAAGAAGAUUUUGUUCUUGCCCUAAUAGUAUGCCCAAAUAUAAUUUUAAUUGAGCAGACAUAUAAAGUUAUUAAACAAUUAUUAAUAUAUCAUCCGUAUAAACUAAAAUGCCAUUAUAUUCAUGGUAGAAAAAAUAUAAACAUGAAGCAAGAAGUAGAUGAGUUAAAAAAAAAAAAGCCUCAAAUAAUUGUAACAACACCGGUAUCCUUUAUAAAUCACAUAAAAUUUUCAAAAGGAUUUUCAAAAAUGUUUUUUUUAUGUGAUACAAUAAUUAUCGAUGAAGCUUAUUUUCUUCUUAAUUCAAAUUAUUUAAAAAAUAUUUUAAUUAUAAAAAAUAUAUUACCUAAGGGACACCAAACAAUUUUAUUAUCUUCUAUUGUUAACAAUUUCCUAAAACAUUUAGCUUAUAGAUUUUUGCGUUUAAAUUAUGUGUAUUUAAAUUUUGUGAAUAAUUCUAUUUAUGAUAGAAACAAAUUUUAUUCAGCUUCUCAUAUGAAUAUUAUGAAUUCUAAUUCUGAAGAUAAAUUAUCAUGUGAAGAAUAUUUUAAGAAGCAUCAACCUGAUUCUUCUUUUGAAUUAUAUAAUAAACUAAAUUAUAAUCUAUUAUCUAUUUAUAAGGAUAAUAUUUUAAAUUGCACUGACUUAAACAAAUUAUGGUUAUGUAAAAAUGCUAAAACUUUUUAUGAAAAUAUUAAUUUAUAUGAUUCUUACAUAGUAAAUAAUGAAGUUAAUAAUAUUAUAGAGAAAACAAAUUAUAACAGUAGUACAUAUAUUAAUGAAAUGAGCAGUCAAAAUAAUAAAAAUAAUCUUAGUAAAAUAGUUCAACAUAAUAAAAAAAAUUCCAAUGAAACAGUUAAUGAAAAUAAUAAAAGCAAUAAUUCCAAAUAUGUACAUAAUAUUAGUAGUCUAUGUAAUUCAAAUACAAGUAAAGAAAAUAUAGAAAAGUCACUUGGACGUAUAAAAAUAAAUAAUAAUAAAAAGGUAGAGAAUAUUGAAGAAAACUUUUUUGAAGAAUAUGCAUACGAAGGUUCUCAAAAUGAAGAAAAUAUAGGCAGUAAAUUAAAAUUAAACAAUAGUGAUUAUAAUAAUUAUACAGUCAGUAAUAAUGAUAAUUAUGAAAAAAAUAAAGGAAUAAAUUUGCCCACUCAUAUAUUUUUAAAACAAGAAUAUUUAAUUUAUGAACCUGAUAAACUUGCAUUAAUAUUAUUUAAUAUAAUUCAUAAAGAGUUUUUAUCAAAUGAAAAUAUAAAAAUUGUUAUUUUUAUGCCAACAGUGAAAAUGCUACAGUUUUUUUAUGUCAUAUUUAAACAUUAUAUAUUUAAGGGUUAUAUUUUUUUAUUGUAUUUAAAAUUAAAUAAAUGGAAAAAAAAUGAAAAAAUAUAUGAUAAUUCAUAUUAUUAUGAUAGAGAAAAUGUAAAUUUUUCUGUAUCUUCAAAUCCUUUUAUUUUUGUAAACAAUAAUUUUCAUAACUCAUCAAAUAAUUCAGAAAAAAAUAAAAAUGAUUUUAACAAUAUAAACAUGAAUAAAUGUAGUAAAGAGGAUUUAGUUAACAAAGAAAAUCUAGUUAACGGAUUAAAUGAUAAAAAAAUUACGAAUUCUAGCAAUUUAGAUGAAGAAAAUAACAUUACUUUAAAAGUUUUAAACAAUCAAAAAAAUAAUAAAUUAAAAGAAGAAGAUUAUUUUGAAAAUAAAGAAUACAUAAAUGAAUAUGAAAAAUUAAAAGAUAUUGCAAUUUUAUGUUUACAUAGUAAGUUGAGCUUAGAUAAAAAAACAUAUACUUUGAAUUCUUUCAAUAACCCCCAAAAAAAAAAACAAAUUUUAUUUUCUUCUUCCUUACUAUAUCAAGGCAUUGAAUUAGAUAAAGUAGACUUAGUAAUACAAGUAGGUAUAAGUGUUACAAUAGAUGAAUAUAUUUUAAGAACGCAAGUUGCUACAACCAAAAAUACACAAGGGAGAAGUUUAUUAUUAUUAAACGAGUUAGAAGGUCAUUAUUUAUUUACUCUUUAUAAAAAUAAUAUUUUGAUUAGUAAUGUAAGUAAGAAAUAUUUAAAUUAUAUACAUAAAGAUAAUCCUUUUUUAAAUACUUUAUUAAAAUAUAAAAAACCUAAUAAUAUUAUUCUGAAUAAUGGUCAAGAAAAAAAUGAAAACAUAUUGGAUUUAAGUGAAAAAGAGGGAGAUAAUUAUAAUUAUAAAAAAAAUAAAAAAAAAGAAGAAAAUUGUGAUUAUUUUUAUAAAUUUAAUAUAAAACAUAUGGAGUGGUAUAAACACAAUCAUUUAUUAUGUUCAUGUGAAUUGAUGUAUAGAUCAUUACUUGGUUUUUAUUGUGAAAAGAACAAGUAUUUGAAAUACGAAAAAUGGCAAGUACCAAGUUUAAUUAAAAAUAUUUUACAUUCUUUUGGUUAUUUUGAUAACUUUUAUAUAACUAAAUGCAUGGCUACAAGACUACAAAUUUUAGAUGCACCAGAUGUAUAUAUUAACAUUAAUGCUAGAUCAAAAAGUGUUUUAAUAUCUGCAUUACCAUCUUAUAAAAGCUUUAAAUCAAAAAUGAAUGAAUUAAAAUAUAAAAAGUUUUCAAAAAAUUCAUCAAAUGAAGAAAAAAAUAUACCUAAUUCUUACAACUCCUAUAAAUUCCCUUUUGACAAUAUUCAAAUAACUAAAAAUGACACUAAAAAAAAGGAAGAUAUGGAGAAAGAAAAAUAUGAAAAAAGCUUUAUAGAGAAGUAUCCUUUAUACUUCCCUAUUCAUAAAUAUUUAUCAUAA